AUGAAUACAUUAUCAAGGAACCGUAAAAGAGAAGCAGCUGUAAAAGAGAUAGUGACCACUGAAAAAACAUAUGUUGAAGGUUUACGUAAACUUGUUAGUGUAUUCUUGGUACCGCUACGUGAAGAUUAUCAAAAAUCAAUGUCGCGAAAUGUGCUGCUAACUGUUAACAAAAACCCUAUGGCAACACUUGAAGAUAUUACUUUAUUGUUUGGAAAUAUUGAGCAGUUGUUGGCACUACAUGAACAGUUAUUGAAAAAUUUAGAGGAGAGAUAUUAUAAUUGGAAUCCUAAACAGCUUAUUAGUGAUAUUUUUUUGCAAAUUGCGCCAUUUUUAAAAAUGUAUACAAUUUAUUUAAAAAGUUUUCCACAAGCAAUAUCAACAAUGGAAAGACUAAAUAAUGAAAGCAAAGAAUUUAAAAAAUAUUUAUUAAAUUGUCAAUCUAAACCUGAAUUAGGUGGGCUACCAUUCAAUUCAUUUAUAAGUUUACCAAUUCAAAGAAUUCCACGGUACAGAUUAUUAUUGGAACAAUUAUUCAACUAUACGGUCGAGUCACAUCCAGAUUAUAAAUCACUUAAAAAAUGUGUAGAACAAAUUUCUACAAUUGCUGACGAAGUUAAUGAAAAAAUAAGAGAUGCAGAAAACCAACAAAGAGUAUUAGAAAUUCAAACACAAGUAGAAGGCUUACCAACAAAUAUAAUCGAUCCAGCUCGAAGAUUUAUAUAUAAAGGCGACUUGUUUAAAGUCAUGCCAAAAAAACCGUCAUCAUCAACAAAACCAUCCUACGUCUCAACUAAAGAUGUGCGAGUUCAUUUCCUAUUUAAUGAUUUAUUAUUGUUUUGUAUAGAAUUCCAAGGGAAAUUGCUGUAUAAAGGAGACAUUAAUCUCAAAUACGCGAUGGUUAGAGCACUUGAGGAAGAUGCAGCAGAUCAACCAUUUUGUUUUCAAGUUAUUGUCAAGCAAAAUGAUGCUGAUAGACGACACACAGUUAGGGCAACUAGUUAUGACGAACAGGUUAAAUGGAUCGAAAGAAUUAACGCUGCAAUUUAUUCAUUAAACAAUGGAAUUUUGUCAAACUCGUACAAUUCAGAUAGUCAAAGAUUAAUGCCGAUUAAAUAA